GGAAACAUGGCGCACGAAGGACCGAAUGGGGAUACUCCAUAUUUACCCUCGGGUGCGGCGGAGGUGGACAAAAUGAUUAGAGAAAACAGCGACUUGUUUUCUGACUCGCAGUGUAAAGUAUGCAGUGCGGUGCUGAUAUCAGAAUCCCAAAAACUCGCGCAUUAUCAGAGCAAGAAGCAUGCAAACAAAGUGAGACGCUACAUGAGUUUUCACAGGGGUGAAGAACCAUCCAUAAAAAGAUUCAAAAGUCCUUCCCCAGAAGACGGCGGUAACGCUGAUGAAGGGGACAAAUACAAAGCGUGUCAUGUGUGCAACAUGACGUUUUCUUCUCCAGUGGUGGCUGAGUCCCACUACCAAGGCAAAGUGCACUCCAAAAACCUGAGGUUGAAGACCUUUGGGCACCAGACUCCAGCGUCACCUUUGGCACAGGUGCGUAAGGAGGACGGACAGCUUUCCGGGACUCUGGGUUCGGGUGACAAAGACCCCAAUCGUUUCUGCGCCAUCUGUCACGCGUCUUUCAACAACCCGCUAAUGGCCCAACAGCACUACGUGGGCAAGAAGCAUAAAAAACAACAGACCAAACUCAAGCUUCUGGAGACAUAUGGGCCUUCCACCGUACCAGCUUCCACGGUAAAAGGUUACCCCUGCACUGUCUGUAACAUCGAACUCAACUCUGUGGAGCAGUAUCAGGCGCACAUCAGUGGCUCUAAACACAAGAACCACGUCAGAGGCAAGAGAGCUGCCAGUUCAGUGCCCAACGUCUCAGAGAACACCCAGCCAAAAUUCCAGUAUGGUCCCAGCCAGAAACCAGUACAAGAGGACUGGGGCUCCUAUGCGCGGGACUAUUCGUGAAGGGGGAAAACGCUGAG